AUGGCUCCGUUUCUCGUCGGUGUUUAUCGAUGGGAUAAUUGGCUGCUAAGCGAAAUGUUAUUAAGAACAAACAUUACUGUUAUUGAUGUAACUCAAUCGACCUUUAUCAUUCACCAAAAGCUAAAAGAACUCGACGGUCAGAAACCACUACAUCAUUCUUCUCGGAUAGGAGCAGUUUACAACGAUGAAUUGACCAAAAAUAUAUCAGGGACAGACUAUAAAGUUGGUUUUAUUAACAAUGCUCCUCAAAUACUCUCAGGUGAUUGUCAAAAAAGUCAAUGUGAACUCAAGGAUAAUUUGCUUCAAAGUGAGGUUAUUCUACUCAAGCAAAGAGCGAAUGCACAGAAGUACAUAGCCGUACUCGCUAUUAACCGGGGACAAAUGCCACUCGUGUGGAAUUGGGUUUGCUGGGCGAAACGAAUUGGAUUUCAGAACUACAUUUUACUUGCCGAAGAUUUUGAAGCCUACAAUAUACUACGAGCAGCCAAUGAACCAGUAUUCAUCUCGCUCAAACAGUCAUUAGAUACUUCGUCAAAAUCAGAAGCCAAAUAUGGUUCAUAUGAUCUUCAGAUUAUUACGAUGUAUCGUCUCGAAUUCCUCAUGCGCGUGCUUCGUGCGGGCUAUCAUUUUCUUAACACGGACAUAGACACUAUUUGGCUUUCCAAUCCGUUUGAUUCUAUUUCACAAAACUUAUCAAUUACAAUUCAAGGUCAAAUGCACAAAAAAAUGAAAAUGAGCCGAGGCCUCAUUAUUGUUCAUGCUACUCCACAAGGUCGUCAUUUUUGGCAGAACGUAAUCAAAUGCGAAAGUCAAAUUCUUGUGAAAUUACAAGAACAGCAAUUUUACAAAAACAAACUUCCAGCUAGCGCCUUCACAGACCAAGAAUGCAUAAACGAUCGUCUCAAAUUCACAACAGUCAAGUUCCUUGAUCCUUACCUCUUCCCUGAUGAACUUUCUUUCUUUGAUCAACACCGAUCCCAAAGUAGAGGACUUGUACCAGUUGUCAUCCACGAAAACUGGCUUGCAGGAUUAGAAUCAAAAAUAAAACGAUUACGGUCAUGGGAUCUCUUAGCAAGUACUGACAGUUCAUGCGAUUCAUUAGGAAACGGUAUACCUUACAGCUUGCCCGAUAGGACCGCCCCUGUCCGCAUUCGUAUUCGUGUUCUUACUUACAACCGGCUCAAAAGCCUUCAACGAUUGCUAAUGAGUCUUCAGCUUGCGAAUUAUUCGAGCGAUUCUGUCGCAUUAGAUAUUUCAAUAGAUCGACCUUCUUCAAAGGCUAGUGUAGCCGAAAAAAAUCGAUGGAAGCAAGUUAUAGCGUACAUGGGAGAUGGUGCACAACAUUCAUCUAAGUUUCGAUGGUCACAUGGCCCUCUUUCGAUUACUGUUCACAAAAAGCAUGUUGGUUUGUUUGGUCAAUGGACAUUAGCGAAUAAUCAUCAAGAUGUUCAACUGAUUCUUGAGGACGAUAUUGAAGUGUCACCUCACUUUUACAUUUUUCUUAAGCAAGCUAUCAACUUCUACUACAUGAAUCAGAGUAAUUACGACAGUCGAAUGUUUGGUUUAUCGCUGCAGCAUCAGCAUACAGUGCUCGGGCAGAGAACGAGCUUUCGUAUUCGAUCGAUUGGCAAAGAACUCAAUGAAACAGGUGCUCCAGUAUUUUUCAAAUAUCAGUUACUUGGAACGUGGGGUGCCGUAUUUUUUCCCGAACAUUGGCACGCCUUCCUGAAAUGGAUCGCAGCAGUGAAAAUUGAUGACAUGGAAGCAGGGUGUACUCCUAGUGGUCUUGUCUCGACACAAUGGUGGAUGGAACGAUAUCGCACUGGGAGAAUAUGGGAGACCUGCUCUGGACAGAAGGCCGGCCUGACUCAGAGUUCUUCACGCUUAAUUGCUUAA